GAAUCCAACGCAGCUUUCGUGGUUCAGCCCGCUGGCAUGGAUUUUGGCAAAGCCGUCGGGACGGCAUGCGCCACAUUCGCCGUCACCAACAUUGACGACAUCUUCGUCCUGGUCACCUUUUUUGCAGAGUCAUCCACCAGCAAGACCCUCACGCCGCUCAGGAUCACCAUCGGUCAAUAUGUCGGAUUCACGGCCAUUAUCAUCGUCAGUAUGAUCGGCUUCGGUGCCGCGUUCCUGCUUCCCACCGAGCCUAUUGGAUUUCUGGGUCUGCUGCCCAUUCUCCUCGGAGUAUGGUGGUUAUCUGCUCGUAUUUUCCCAGGCGGAGACGACGACGACGACGAUCCCAGUCUUCCUGAUGACGCUGCUGGAGCCUCCACCAGAGUCGGGAUUUUCACCAUCGUCGGGAUCAAGAGCAUCCUCAAGGUGGCGAGCAUCACGGUGAUAAACGGAGCAGACAACAUCAGCACGUACAUUCCGCUUUUUUCCCAAGCAAAGGGGGCAGAGGUGGCGGUGUACGUCGUCACGUACUACAUCCUCCUCGGGGUGUGGUGCCUGGCUGCCUUCUUGAUCAUGAAGCAGAGGCACAUUCUCCGUAUAGCGCAAAAGUACGCGAGCAUAGCAGUGCCUUUUCUUUACAUGGGCCUCGGCAUUUUCAUCAUCGUCGAGUCGGAGUGCUACCCGUGGUCGAUUGAGCGCAUAGACGACGGAUUGGCGGCGCACCCGGGCAGGAUCAUCAUGGGAGUGGUGACGACAGUUGUCCUCUUGUGUUGCAUUGGCGCAAUGUUGUGGAUGAGAUGGCGAAAGAGAGCUCAGACCCAGCCGGAAGCUGAAGGCUUGGAACAAGCGGCUUCUGAAGUUGGUCCGGUGGCAUCUAGCGAGCAGCAGCUGGCACAAAAUGGAAAGGGAGAAUCCUCGAGACCUCCCAAGGUUGACGGCACCGAUGAAGUCGCGUCAAAGUCACCGGUCUAG